AUGAUUAAAAAACUAUUUAUUGUAUUUUUACACUUUAUUAUUUUUUAUAAAAUAGUACAAUCAAGAUUAAAUUUAAAAGCAGAUUAUACACAAAAACAUAUCAUUGGGUAUAGCAAAAGUGAUGAUUUAAAUUUUUAUAACAGCCAAGAUAUAAUAUGGGAAUCAAUAGACACAUUAGUUUUACCUCCUAAUCUUAAAAACCUUCAAAAAAUCAUUAAAAUAUCACAAUCAAAUAAUGUUAAUGCCGUUUUAAACAUUGAAGGAAAUUCCCUAGAUGAAGAUUCUCUUAAGCAGGUUAUCAAUCAAGUAAAAAAAUUAGAUGCUGAUGGGGUAUCAUUAAUAUUUUAUAAAAAUCCAUCUUCUGAUAAGAAAUAUCUCAAAAAAGUUGAAAAAAUGGGUGCCCUAUUAAAAGAAAUAUCAAAAGAAAUUCAUUUUUCCGUAUCAAUAUCUAUUAAAAACAUUCCAUACAGCUACAAUAAUUUAAUAAAGCUUUCAAAUGUAGACUAUGUUAUUGCCAAUGCUUAUGAUUUGGGUAUUUUUGAUGGACCUGUAAUUGCAAACUCCGAUACUAAUGAGGUUCGAAACUUAAUAGGUGCAUGGAACUCAACUGACACCAAUAAGAUUAUACUAAGUGUUCCAUGGUAUGGCUAUAAAUAUGUUUGUGAUGAAUUCCUACAUGGUAUAUAUACCUCUGGAUGUAUUAAUUCAAGAAAACCUCAAAAAAUAGAAUUUAGUGAAAUAUACAAUUAUUUGGUGGGUGCCGAAAUUCAAGAUAACCUCUAUAUUACAUCGACCGAAAUCUGGAACCAAACAUCUCUAAACCCAUACUUAAAUAUUAAAGAAAUCAAUGGAAAUAGUUACGACAUAACAUCUGAUGAUUUAUUAACAUACUAUCAAAUCCAGUAUGAUAAUCCAAGAUCGACAUAUUUAAAAAUUAAAGAUAAUGUUAUUGGUGGUGUGGGAGUUUAUUCAUUAGACACAUUAUAUGGGUUAAAUCAAAAUAUAAUUAAAGCAAUGUAUUCCUCAAUUAAUAGAGAUUUUAUAUAA